GGGGGAGUAUAUAGAGGAACACAGGGGUCUGUACAAGGACGUGAUGAUGGAGAAUCACCGGCCCCUCACAUCACUGGAUGGACCCAGUAACAGAGAUACCCCAGAGAGAUGUCCCCGUCCUCUGUAUUCCCAGGAUUGUACAGAGGAGAAUCACAGGAUCCCACAGGAGGAUCAGGGUGAAGACCUUUUUGAUGUGAAGGCAGAAGAUAUAGAGGGAGAAGAAGAGAUGUAUCCGACUGAUAAAAAGGCAGAAGAUAUAGAGAGAGAAGAAGAGACGUAUGUGACUGAUAUGAAGGCAGAAGAUAUAGAGGGAGAAGAAGAGACGUAUGUGACUGAUAUAAAGACAGAAGAUAUAGAGGGAGAAGAAGAGACGUAUGUGACUGAUAUAAAGGCAGAAGAUAUAGAGGGAGAAGAGACGAAUGUGACUGAUAUAAAGGCAGAAGAUACAGAAGGAGAAGAGACGUAUGUGACUGAUAUGAAGGCAGAAGAUAUAGAAGGAGAAGAAGAGACGUAUGUGAGGGGUGAUCAGCAAUGUAAGGAGGAGGAAAUUCCUACAGAUAUCAGCACAGCAGAUGGACGCAGAAGCAGGAACACCUCAGAGGGACAUCUCAAUUCAUCUCCAGAUUUUAAAAUAGAAGAUAACAUUGUACGAGAUUCCACAGGGGAAAUCCCCAUUACCCUAAACAUACAUAUAGAAUCUCGUCGUAAAAGUUCUCCUGAUAAUUCAGCUACUGCAGCCUUUUCCUGUUCUGAGUGUGGGAAAUGUUUCAAAUAUAAGUCACAUUUUAUUAGACAUCAGAUUAGUCACACAGGUGAGCGGCCAUUUCCAUGCUAUGAGUGUGGGAAAUGUUUUACAGAUAAAUCAUAUCUUGUUACACAUCAGAGAACUCACACAGGUGAGAAACCUUUCACGUGUUUAGUGUGUGACAAAUGUUUUACAAGUAAAUCAUGUCUUGCUACACAUCAGAGUAGUCACACAGGUGAGAAACCGUUCUCAUGCUCUGAGUGUGGGAAAUGCUUUUCACUCCAAUCAAGUCUUUUCAGACAUCAGAGAAGUCACACCGGUGAGAAGCCAUUUCCAUGCUCUGAGUGUGGGAAAAAAUUUUCACUCAAAUCACGACUUGUUAGACAUCUGAGAAUUCACACAGGUGAGAAACCAUUUCCAUGCUCUGAGUGUAGCAAAUGUUUUUCAACAAAGUCGCAUCUUGUUACACAUCAGACAACUCACACAGGUCAGAAGCCAUUUCCGUGUUCUGAGUGUGGCAAAUGUUUUUCACUUAAUUUGCAACUUGUUAUACAUCAGAAAACUCACACAGGUGAGAAACCAUUUCAGUGUUCCGAGUGUGACAAAUGUUUUUCAGUUAAAUCUCAACUUGUUAUACAUCAGAGAAAUCACACAGGUGAGAAACCAUAUACAUGUUCUGAGUGUGGGAAAUGUUUUACAUCCAAAUCUCAACUUGUUAUGCAUCAGAGAUAUCACACAGGUGAGAAACCAUAUACAUGUUCUGAGUGUGGGAAAUGUUUUACAUCUAAAUCAGAACUUGUUCGACAUCAGAGAAGUCACACAGGUGAGAGGCCUUAUCUGUGUUCUAAGUGUGGGAAAUAUUUUACAACUAAAUCAGGUCUUAAUGUACAUCAGAGAAGUCACACGGGUGAGAAGCCAUUUUUAUGUUUUGAGUGUGGGAAAUGUUUUUCAUGGAAAAAAAGUCUUUUUGACCAUCAGAGAAGUCACACAGGUGAGAAACCAUUUCCAUGUGCUGAGUGUGGGAAAUGUUUUUCAUGGAAAAAAAGUCUUGUUGACCAUCAGAGAAGUCACACAGGUGAGAAACCAUUUCCAUGUGCUGAGUGUGGGAAAUGUUUUUCAUGGAAAAAAAGUCUUGUUGACCAUCAGAGAAGUCACAGAGGCGAGAAGCCAUUUCCAUGUUCUGAAUGUAAGAAAUGUUUUAUAAGUAAAACAUGUCUUGUUGAACAUCAAAGAAUUCACACAGGCGAGAAACCAUUUCCAUGUUCUGAGUGUGGGAAAUGUUUCAGAAAUAAAUCCGUUCUUGUUGUACAUCAGAGAAAUCACAGUGGUGAGAAGCCAUUUUCAUGUUCUGAAUGUGGAAAAUAUUUUACACGGAAAUCAGAACUUGUUUCACAUCAGAGAAAUCACACAGGUGAGAAACCAUAUACAUGUUCUGAGUGUGGGAAAUGUUUUGUACAAAAAUCAAAACUUGUUACUCAUCAGAGAAGCCACACAGGUGAGAAGCCAUUUUCAUGUUCUGAGUGUGGGAAAUGUUUUACACAGAAUUCAGCUGUUGUUGAACAUCAAAGAAGCCAUGUUGGCGAGAAGCCAUUUCCAUGUUCUGAUUGUGGGAAAUGUUUUACACGUAAAUCAGCUGCUGUUGUACAUCAGAGACGUCACACAGGUGAGAAGCCAUUUUCAUGUCCAGAAUGUGAGAAAUGUUUUAGACAGAAAUCACUACUUUCUAGGCAUUUGAAAAAGCACACAUGAGAGACAUUUCAACAUUCAGUGUGUGGGAGAGAUUUUACAUAGAAAUCCAUUUGUGUUGAAUACCAGUUAUGUUGCACAAAUGAAAAGCCAUUUAAAUUCUCUCAAUGUGGGAAAUAUUUUACAUAUAAAUUGCAUCUUUGUAAAUGUCAUAGCAAUUCUCUUGUCUUCCAUAUGGCAAAUGUCUUACACAACAUUAACUUUUAUUACAUAUCAGGAAACUCCCAGGAUAAAACUAAUUUCUAUGUGCUGGUACACAUGAAACAGGGUUGUAGCAAUAUCCUAAAUAAUAACUGUUGGUGGUAUUAAUGCAAAUUAUGAAAAUAUUCAAUAGUAUGACUCAGAUUCAGGUCCGCCAUGAACUUACACAAUAAUUAUAUUAGUGAUUGCUAACCUUGACACUCCAGCUGUUGUUGAACUACAUAUCCAGCAUGCCCUGCUACAGUUUUUUAUUUGGCCAUGCUAAAACUGAUGCAGGGCAUGCUGGGAUGUGUAGUUCAACAGCUGGAGUGUCAAGGUUAGUCAUCACUGAAUUAUAUCCAAAAACUGCGCAGAGAAAGGAACUAGCUCAGUUCCUGUAUCUACCAACUGACCAGAGCCAGGAACUAGCACAGUAACUAUCCACCAACUGCCCAGAGCCAGGAACUAGCACAGUGACUGUAUCCACCAACUGCCCAGAGCCAGGAACUAGCACAGUGACUGUAUCCACCUACUGCCCAGAGCCAGGAACUGUAUCCACCAACUGCCCAGAGCCAGGAACUAGCACAGUGACUGUAUCCACCAACUGCCCAGAGCCAGGAACUAGCACAGUGACUGUAUCCACCACCUGUCCAGAGCCAGGAACUAGCACAGUAACUGUAUCCACCAAUUGUCCAGAGCCAGGAACUAGCAUAGUAACUGUAUCUACCAACUGCCCAGAGCCAGGAACUAGCACAGUAACUGUAUCCACCAACUGCCCAGAGCCAGGAACUAGCACAGUUCCUGUAUCCACCAACUGCCCAGAGCCAGGAACUAGCACAGUAACUAUCCACCAACUGCCCAGAGGCAGGAACUAGCACAAUGACUAUCCACCAACUGCCCAGAGCCAGGAACUAGCACAGUAACUGUCCACCAACUGUCCAGAGCCAGGAACUAGCACAGUGACUGUAUCCACCACCUGCCCAGACCCAGGAACUAGCACAGUGACUGUAUCCACCAACUGCCCAGAGCCAGGAACUAGCACAGUAACUGUAUCUACCAACUGCCCAGAGCCAGGAACUAGAACAGUGACUGUAUCCACCAACUGCCCAGAGCCAGGAAGUAGCACAGUAACUGUAUCCACCAACUGCCCAGAGCCAGGAACUAGCACAGUGACUGUAUCCACCAACUGCCCAGAGCCAGGAACUAGCACAGUAACUAUUCACCACCUGCCCAGAGCCAGGAACUAGCACAGUAACUGUAUCCACCAACUGCCCAGAGCCAGGAACUAGCACAGUAACUGUAUCCACCAACUGUCCAGAACCAGGAACUAGCACAGUAACUAUCCACCAACUGCCCAGAGCCAGGAACUAGCACAGUAACUGUAUCCACCAACUGCCCAGAGCCAGGAACUAGCACAGUAACUACCAACUGCCCAGAGCCAGGAACUAGCACAGUAACUAUCUACCAACUGCCCAGAGCCAGGAACUAGCACUGACUGUGUCCACCAACUGUCCAGAGCCAGGAACUAGCACAGUAACUGUAUCCACCACCUGCCCAGAGCCAGGAACUAGCACAGUAACUAUCCACCAACUGCCCAGAGCCAGGAACUAGCACAGUAACUAUCCACCAACUGCCCAGAGCCACGAACUAGCACAGUAACUAUCCACCAACUGUCCAGAGCCAGGAACUAGCACAGUAACUGUAUCCACCACCUGCCCAGAGCCAGGAACUAGCACAGUGACUGUAUCCACCAACUGCCCAGAGCCAGGAACUAGCACAGUAACUGUAUCCACCAACUGUCCAGAGCCAGGAACUAGCACAGUAACUGUAACCACCAACUGUCCAGAGCCAGGAACUAGCACAGUAACUAUCCACCAACUGUCCAGAGCCAGGAACUAGCACAGUAACUAUUCACCAACUGCCCAGAGCCAGGAACUAGCACAGUAACUGUAUCUAACUGCCCAGAACCAGGAACUAGCACAGUGACUAUCCACCAACUGCCCAGAACCAGGAACUAGCACAGUGACUGUAUCCACCAACUGCCCAGAGCCAGGAACUAGCACAGUAACAGUAUCCACCAACUGCCCAGAGCCAGGAACUAGCACAGUGACUGUAUCCACCAACUGCCCAGAACCAGGAACUAGCACAGUAACUGUAUCCAACUGCCCAGAACCAGGAACUAGCACAGUAACUGUAUCCACCAACUGCUCAGAGCCAGGAACUAGCACAGUGACUAUCCACCAACUGCCCAGAGCCAGGAACUAGCACAGUGACUAUCCACCAACUGCCCAGAGCCAGGAAUUAGCACAGUAACUAUCCACCAACUGCCCAGAGCCAGGAACUAGCACAGUGACUAUCCACCAACUGCCCAGAGCCAGGAACUAGCACAGUAACUGUAUCCACCAACUGCCCAGAGCCAGGAACUAGCACAGUGACUGUAUCCACCAACUGCCCAGAGCCAGGAACUAGCACAGUGACUGUAUCCACCAACUGCCCAGAGCCAGGAACUAGCACAGUAACUAUCCACCAACUGCCCAGAACCAGGAACUAGCACAGUAACUGUAUCCACCAACUGCCCAGAGCCAGGAACUAGCACAGUAACUGUAUCCACCAACUGCCCAGAGCCAGGAACUUGCACAGUGACUGUAUCCACCACCUGUCCAGAGCCAGGAUCUAGCACAGUGACUGUAUCCACCAACUGCCCAGAACCAGGAACUAGCACAGUGACUGUAUCCACCACCUGUCCAGAGCCAGGAUCUAGCACAGUAACUGUAUCCACCAACUGCCCAGAGCCAGGAACUAGCACAGUAACUGUAUCCACCAACUGCCCAGAGCCAGGAACUAGCACAGUAACUGUAUCCACCAACUGCCCAGAGCCAGGAACUAGCACAGUAACUGUAUCCACCAACUGCCCAGAGCCAGGAACUUGCACAGUGACUGUAUCCACCAACUGCCCAGAGCCAGGAACUAGCACAGUAACUAUCCAUGAACAUGUAUCCCCUACAGCUGCUACACCUUUCAAUCUGUUACCUUAAAUAUCAAGUUUUUCCACUUGAUUGUUGCAUAGGAAGGUUGAUUAUGGUCAUCUCCUGUUUCACGUUAUUUGUUUCUCAUGAUUCCCUCAGUGGUCAGUUCUGAGUAAUAUGUUGUUGGCAUAUGAUAUUUAAGAACCCCAUACAUAUAGUAUAAGAAGUACACCGUUAUACAUUGCAGAUGCUGCCAUUUGGUGGCUGAUAGAACAUCUAUGAGUAUAGGUCCUAUCCAGUCACUAGGAACCAGUGACAUCACUGACAGUGCGGCCUAUCUAGUCACUAGGAACCAGUGACAUCACUGACAGUGCAACCUAUCCAGUCACUAGGAGCCAGUGACACCACUGAGGUGCUUCAUCUAUCGAUCAGCUGCAUUCUAUAUAAUCCUAUAAUGGCUGCUUACACUUCCGUGCUGUAAUUAAUGUGAUGUGUGAAUAUGUUACACCUUUCAGUCGUUCCCAAACGUUUUUGAAUCAGAUUUUUUUUCACCAAAAGUUUCUUAUUUAGAAAUGUAGAAAGAAAUAUUAAAUUAUGUCAAUAAUUUGAAUUGGUCCUGGAUCACCAACCGAAGGCACCCCUGCAAGUGCCCCGAGACGCCCCACAGUUUGAGAACCACUGUCCUAUCUAAUAGACGUUAGUUACAUUCUUAUAGUUGGCGCUCUGUCUGUGACAGUGCAUUGCUGACCCGUGCUUUAUAAUGACAUAUUGUGUACUGUACUCUACGGUGACUAUUGGAAUGUUUUAUGUUCAGUUUGGUUUCAUUUCAUGUCUGUACUUUGUACUUUUGCAAAU